GCUCCGCCGUCGUCACUCGUUCUAUCUCUCCUCGCCUCCUUGGGUAUUAAUUCCUGUGGAAAUUGAUAUACCAAGGCUGCUGUCUCUUCUGCAGUGUUUCCCCCCCCCCCAUCAACACACUCUCGUUCCACCCACCAUCAUGAAGCUCGCCACUGCCCUCACCGGGGCUUCCCUCCUCCUGGGCCGCGCCAUUGCCGCGGACCUGCCUGCCAUCGAGGCCAAGAGUAACAAAUUCUUCUACUCCAACAACGGCACCCAAUUUUUCAUCCGGGGUGUUGCCUAUCAGCAGGACUACUCCGGAAACGGGAGCACCUCCGGCAGCGACUACACCGACCCCCUGGCCGAUGCCACCUCGUGCAAGCGGGACAUCCCCUACCUGCAGCAACUGCGCACCAACGUGAUCCGCACCUACGCGGUCGACCCGACCCAGGACCACACUGAGUGCAUGCAGGCGCUGCAAGAUGCCGGCAUCUAUCUGAUCACCGAUCUGUCGUCGCCUUCGACCUCCAUCAACCGCGACGACCCCGAGUGGAACACCGACCUGUACGAGCGCUACACGAGCGUGGUCGAUGCCUUCGCCAACUACACCAACGUCAUCGGCUUCUUCGCCGGUAACGAGGUCGCCAACAGCCAGAACAACACCAACGCCAUCGCCUACGUCAAGGCCGCCGUCCGCGACAUGAAGGCCUACAUCAAGGCCAAGAACUACCGUUCUUCCCUGGGUGUUGGCUACGCCACCGAUGAUGACUCCACCAUCCGUGACGACCUGAAGAGCUAUCUCGCCUGCGGUGAAUCCGACUCCAUGAUCGAUUUCUUCGGCUACAACAUCUACGAAUGGUGCGGUGACUCUUCCUACUCGACUUCCGGUUACAAGGCGCGUACCGAGGAGUUCCAGGACUACCCCGUCCCUGCAUUCUUCUCCGAGUACGGCUGCAACAACCCCUCCCCUCGUACCUUCACGGAUGUGCCCGUCCUGUUCGGGGACCAGAUGAACGACGUGUGGAGCGGCGGUAUCGUCUACAUGUACUUCCAGGAGGCCAACGACUACGGGCUGGUGUCGGUGUCUGGCAGCAGCGUCAGCACGCUCAAGGACUUCUCGAACCUGUCCUCCCAGAUGCUCAAGGUCACCGCCACCGGUGUGAACAGCAACAGCUGGUCCGCCAGCAACACGGCCACCCCUACCUGCCCGAGCGUCGGUACCGCGUGGGAGGCCGCCAGCUCCCUGCCCCCGUCCCCCAACUCGGACCUGUGCACGUGCAUGGAGGAGUCUCUGUCGUGUGUGGUGAAGGACUCGGUCUCGAGCAGCAAGUACGGUGACCUGUUCGACUACAUCUGCGCCAAGGGCGACUACUGCGACGGCAUGAGCUCCAACUCGACCAGCGGCGACUACGGCGCGUACAGCGUGUGCUCGACCAAGCAGCAGCUCAGCUUCGUGAUGAACCAGUACUACGAGAAGCAGAGCGCCAAGGCCAGCGCGUGCGACUUCAGCGGCGACGGCACCACCACCUCGUCCAGCGCGGCCACGGGCACCUGCUCGUCGUUGCUGCAGGAGGCCGGCACCGCGGGUACCGGCAGCGUGACCUCGUCCCCGACCAGCGGCGGCAACGCGGGCGCCAGCUCCAGCGCCAGCUCCUCCAAGGGCGCGGCGGGUAUGGUGGCGACCCCGGCGACCGUGCGCAUGGGCAACUGGCAGCUGGGCGCGUACGCGGUGACGGCCGUGGGCGCUGCCAUGGGCAUGAUCCUGCUGUAGAUGUAUGGUGUGGAAUCGUUAGCCGUACAUAAUUGAAGUCUACAUUGUAGAUGGCACAUAUUGAUUUCAUUCUGUUAGAGUAAUCUUACCAUUUUUAUUUCAAGUACUUUGACAAUCCGAAGUUCACAUUUAUCUUCCUCCA